AUGUCGAGGUUACUGUUACUGAUGUUAUGCGUGAGCCACGCGCGCGGCGACGGCGACGGCGACGCCUUCCUGGAGCCGCUGCUGGCGUUGGGCGCGGCGCCGGCGGCGGUGUGCGGCGGCGCGGCGGGGCGGGGCUGCGCGGGCGCGGUGUGGGCGCGCGACUGGCUGCUGGCGCGCGCCUCCUGCCUGGCGCGCGCCCGCCUCCACCAAGCGCCCGUGCUGCUGCGGCAAACGCCCGACGAAUGCCGAGCGCUCAAUGGUUCCGAAGCCCCCGGCCUGCGCGCGCUAGUGAGCUUCAUGCACCCCGGGUACUCCCUGCCCGCGUUCGACGACUACGAGGAGCCGGCGACGCCCGAGCCGCUGGACGCCGCCUUGGUGCUCCUGUCCGCGCCCGCGCCGCCUACGAGGGCGGACAACCAUUCGGCCACCAUUGCGCUGCUGCCACAUCUGAGCUCGUGGCUGCGCUACGUGCCGUUGCACGUGUCCCCCCCGCGCGCGCGCGCCCCGCCGUCCUCGUCCCCGCUGCGCCUGGUGCUCGGCACCGUGGUGGCUCCCUUCGCCGGGCUGCUGCUCGCCUUCCUGCUGCUGCUGCGGUGGCCGGAGCAGACCGCCAAGGACGCGCUGGUGGAAUAUCAAGUGCUCGAUGAUGAGGCGGAGGCAGACUUUAAAUGUGAAUUGAUGGGAUAA